GAUCCGACAGAGCGGCCAGACCCAAGAUGGCCAAGACCUCCACCUCCAAGGGCUUCGCCGCCGCAUUCGUCAUCCUGACCGUGUCCGUCAUCGGCAGCAUCGUCACCAUGAUCGUCCUCUACAAGACCGAGAUCGCCACCAUGAACCCCACGCCUCGUCCGACAUUCCCGUCCACCACCGAGGGACCGCCGCCCGUCAUGCGGCUUCCGAGUAGCCUGGUUCCCCACCACUACAAGAUCUUUCUCCAAACUCACUUCUACCACCAAAUCACAGAGGAAGUGAACGUCACCACUCCGAACCAGACCAUGCUGUUCACCGGGAACUCAUCCGUGGACUUCCGUUGCGUGGAACGAACGCGGAGCAUUUAUCUCCAUAGUCGGGAUCUGAUGCUCGGCCAGACCGUGGUGAAGAACGAAGACACGGGGCAAAAGAUAAUCAUAUCUCACGUCAAGCAUCACGCCGACGAGAGUGACUUCCUGGAGAUCGGUUUGACGGAAGCGAUGCAGGAAGGAAGCAACUACAGCUUGUUUGUGACAUUCCAGGGACAGAUGUCACAGAGUCUACAAGGACUUUACGUCAGCACGUACGCCCGCCCCAAGCCCACGAUACUGAAUGAAAUGAACGUUUUACUUUGCAGGUUUCUUGCCAGUACAAAUCUGCAGCCGACGGGCGCCAGGCGGGUGUUCCCUUGUUUCGACGAGCCGCACCUGAAAGCGGUUUUUGACGUCAACAUCAUCCACAGGAAAAGCACGACGGCGUUGGGAAACGCAGAAGAAUCCGGCUCGGAUAUUCUCGACCGUGAUUGGCAGCUGACUCGCUUUCAUCCCACGCCAAAAAUGUCAACCUACUUGCUGGCGUUCACCGUGUCCGACUUGACGUCCGCCCGUUCCCCACACCAGCGUGUCCGCAUUCAGACGUACGCUCGGCCAGACGCCACCGAGGCCGGCCACACGGGCUACGCGGCUAACGUCACCGCUAGCAUUCUGGACUUCUACGAGAAACACCUCCAAAUCAAUUACCUUCAGAAAAAACUAGACCAGGUUGCACUGCCAGAUUUAUCUGCUUCCGCCACGGAACCCUGGGGACUGAUUACGUACGCCGAGGACGUCUUGCUGUACCAAACGGGGGUGUCUUCGCUCUUGCACAAGGAAACCAUCUCCUAUUUGAUCGCACAUCAACUGGCACACCAGUGGUUCGGGAACUUGGUGACCAUGAGUUGGUGGAGUGAAGUUUGGCUGAAAGAAGGCUUUGCUACAUACGCCGCCGCGCUGGCAUUGGACCAUCUUCAACCCGCACUCCAGGCUAGAGAGAGGAAGAUGAUGACGGCGCUCCACGUAGCAAUGGACCAGGAUGCGCUAGCUUCUUCCCGUCCUCUCACUGUCCCACCUGAGGAAGUCCAGUCCACUUCCCAAAUCCUGGACUUAUUUGACGCUUUCACUUCUUACAAGGGAGCGUCGCUGCUUGCGAUGCUGGCAGACGCCGUGGAGCCAAGGGUUUUCAACAAAGGCAUUCAGAUGUACCUCAGGGCCUUCAUGUUUGACAACGCCCAGCAGAGUGACCUUUGGGACUACAUCCAAAAGGCCGUGGAUGAGGAAGGGGGGCACACCAAGGUGGCCGCCUUGAUGGCGACGUGGACCAAUCAAAUCGGAUAUCCUGUCAUUACCAUCAACACCACAAAUGGAGAGCUCUACCAGAAGCACUUCCUGUUCAAUACUUCCUUUCCAUCCACGCUGUGGUGGUACGUUCCAAUCCGAGUGAUGUCAGAGGCGUCUGAAGCCUCUCUGGUGUGGCUGGAAAGCAGCGACACAGUGAGAAAGGAGGAGUUCAUCUCGGAGGACAGGAAGUGGAUCCUGGCCAACGUGGGCUGUAGCGGGUACUACCGGGUCAACUACGAUCCAGAGAACUGGGACCGCCUCCUCAUGCAGCUGGAAUCAAACCCUCACGGCAUCCCGGAGAUGAAUCGAGGGCAGCUCAUCGAUGACGCGUUUCAUCUGGCAAGAGCCAACCUGGUCCACGUGAGUCUGGCUCUGAACACAACACACUUCCUUGGUACAGAAGACGCCUUCAUACCCUGGCAGUCUGCGGUUCGGAAUCUGGAGUACUUUGUCCACAUGUUUGACCGCUCAGAGGUUUACGGACCCAUGCAGGCCUAUCUCCGAGAUCAAGUUCAGAACUUGUAUGGCUCCUUCAGGAACUUGACGGAAGAAUCAGAUGUUCCAGAGGACCAUUUGUCACAGCACCUCCAGAUCACUGCCAUCGAUGUGGCCUGUUCCAAUGGACUCCCAGAGUGUGUCCGCAUGGCGACCACCAUGUUUGCCGACUGGAUGAGCAGCAGCAGCAACCAAAGCAACAAGAUCCACCCCAACCUGAGAUCCAUCAUCUACUGCCAGGCUGUGGCUGCUGGGGGGGAGGAGGAAUGGGAAUUUGCUUGGGACAAAUUCCAGACCAGCAAUGAAAGCUCGGAGAAGGAGCAGCUUCGUCAGGCGAUGUCGUGCACCAGGAAAGUCUGGCUUCUCAGCAGAUACCUGGAGUACACUUUGGACCCGGAGAAGAUACGACUGAUGGAUGUCACUUCCACUAUCGACUUCAUCGCCAGGAAUGUGGUGGGACACGGACUGGCCUGGAACUUUAUGAGAGCCCACUGGGACUACGUCAGUCAGGGAGGCGGAGCCAAGCUGAUUGACAGCGUGACCAGGAGGUUCUCCACACCGUUUGAACUUGAGCAGCUGGAGACCUUCGCCCCCAAGUGUGAUGCGCGUCCUUGUGCCGGGGCGGUGGAGCGAGCCGUAGAGCGGACCAAAGUCAACAUCCAAUGGGUGACGGACAACAAGGAGACAGUACUGGACUGGUUUGAGAGCCGUCGGGCCUGACGAGUGUUUGUUUUUUAAAGCCGCCAUGAUUUCUCAGAUGAAUAUUAUGAUGCUGCCAUGGACGUUUGGAGGAGCCAAAGAACAUCAGAUUGUUAAAUUAUUAUUAUUAUUAUUAUUAUUGUAUGAUGUCAUAUUGUCACACAACCACUGAAUUGUAUGUAUUUUUAUGCUAAA